AUGCUGGACAAAAGUCAGUCCAAUGCGCUCGUCUAUUCAGCCCUGUCGGCCUUCUUCCUCGUGGGCAUGUUCGCAGGAUGGAGGGUUCGUAACAAGAACGACUUCCUCAGCGGCAUCCGCACGCAGAGUGUCUUUCCUCUGACUCUCAACUGGAUCGCGUCGAACAUGAGCUCGUCUCUCCUCUUUGGCUAUCCACAGCUAGCUGUCAUCCCUGAAGCUGGCAUCCUCGGACUCGCGAGCUACUGUUUCGCUACCGUGGUUCCCCUGUGGUUCUUCGCAUGGGUCGGCCCCUACAUCCGUCGACUCUGUCCAGAUGGCUUCACCCUCGCCGAGUACUUCCGCAGGCGAUACGGCUGGCCCAUCGGUGUCCUCAUGGGAUUGACAUUCGUCGGCUUCAUGUUUUGCUUCAUGCUUGUCGAGCUCAACACAUACGGCUCCGUUGUCUCCAUCCUCUCCGGUGGCACCGUCAACCCAACGAUUGCCGCUCUCAUCGUCGCAAUUACCACGACGAUCUACACUGCCUACGGAGGAUUCAAGGCAUCGCUCUGGACUGACAAUGUCAACGCCAUCAUCAUCUUGAUUGAGAUCAUCAUCGCCGCCAUUGCAAUUGGCGUCAACAUCGACAUUAAUCACGACACCAUCGAGGCGUCAGGCCUCCUGAGGCCCCAGAGGCUAGGCGGCGAGCUUUGGUACAUCCUACCCGUUGCUCUCGUUGCAGGUCAAGUGCUCAAUCAAGGCUUCUGGCAGCGUGCGUUUGCCUCGAAGAACGACAAAACGCUUUACUGGUCCGUCGGUCUGGCCACUGUCCCUCUGUUUGCCAUCUGCUUCCUGGUCGGCAUGACGGGUCCUCUCGCCUGGUGGGCAGGUCUUUUCAACGGUCCGACCUCUGAGGACGAUGGCUCGAGCAACUUCUUCUACAUCAUUGCCACGCUACCCAACUGGGUCGCCGGCUUCGUCCUUGUCCUCGCCUCCGCUCUCACCAGCUCGGCGUACGACACCUUCCAGUCUGCGCAGAUCUCGACGAUCUACAACGAUGUCUUCCUUGGCCGACUGAACAUUUGGAUCUGCCGAGGCAUUCUCAUCGCCAUCAACGUCCCCUCGGUCGUCCUCGCCGUCAAGAAUAUCGACAUCCUCGAGGUCUUCCUCAUUGCAGACAUUGCCGCCGCCGCGAUCCUCCCCGGUGCGCUCCUCGGUCUCAUCAAAGAACUCUACUUCCUCAACGGCUGGGACGCCUUCUGCGGCGCUUUCGGAGGCUUCUUCACCGUCUUCGUCUUCGGCGCCAUCUUCUACCGCGACGCCUACGAGGGUCUGCGCCUCAUCAUCCUGCCCAACGGCCUCUACAUCGACGAUUACAGCGUUCUCGGCGCCUUCUUUGCCGCUCCUCUCGGCUCACUUGGCUGGACUUUCGUCGGCUUUGGUCUGCGCUACGUUGCCACCUGGAUCUACUGCCGCCUCUUCGGCGGCGACUGGGAAUUCCACAACCCCAUGCGCUACCGCGAGUUCGACACUUCGCAGUUCGUCCUCGACGAGGACCGACCGAUGUCGUCGUCUAAGUUUGCCAACUUCUUCAAGGGGUCGGGCAACCCAGAGGAUGGGCAUCGCCUCGAUCACACCAAGUCUGGCUCCGACUCUGACAAUGCGAUUGAAAGCCCCAAGUUUGAGUCGCAGCAGCAGCAAGACACAGGCGAGCUAGGCCGAGAUGAUCGACGACGAAGAAGACGAUAG